AUGGACACUGCUGCUGUUGAGUUUGAUCCUAGGCAUCGUAAGUUAAGCAAUAAUGAAAAUAUGUAUGUACAAAUGCUUUAUAAUGGAGGUGUGCUAGUUUCAACAAUUGUCAAUAUGUUAAUUGAGGAAUAUAGUAGAUAUGUUCAUAACAAGGAUAUAUAUAACACAUUGAGUCAUCAUUCUCGUGAUUAUGUAAAAGGGUUGUCACAAACUGCAGAACUGUUAAAAGGUUUAAAUAACAACAAUAACUAUAUGUUUACUUAUUCAGUUAACAAUAAUAGGCUUCAUUGCUUAUUUUUUACUACACAAUCUGCGGUUGCAAAAUUUAAACAGUAUUCUGAGGUUUUAUUAAUGGGUGCUAUAUACAAAACAAAAUGCUUUGGUAUGCCACUUUUACUUAUUAGUAGUAUUGAUGCUAUGGGUAUUACUUUUCUUAUUGCAAGUGGACUUCUUACUAAUGAAACCAUACCAAGCUAUUGUUGA